AUGAUUAAUACGACAUCGAAGAGGAGGAUUAUCGUUGAUGAUGAUAAUAAUCCAGAUCACCCUGCCAGUAGCUUAAUUGUUGAUGAUGUGGUGGUUUAUCACAUGCUGAGCAGACUCUCUGUGAAGUCACUUAUGCGUCUCAAGUGUGUCUGUAAACGUUGGAAAUUGAUUAUCGAACAAGAUCCACAUUUUAUCAAGUCACACCUUAACUAUUCAGAAACACGUCCAGGUCUGUUUGUACUCCUUCCAAAGAGUGCUGCAGGGGGCGCAAGUGAUUACGAGUCUUUCAUUUUAGCUGUUUUGCACAUCACUGGCAGAGCGGCGAAUCUUCACGCCGUAAGGAAAACAAAGUUAUCGUAUCGUGAAAUUUUGGGACACAUUGCAGGUUUGUUCUGUUUCGUUGACAACCGCGCUGUUCGAAUAUACAAUGUCAGCACAAUGGAAUCAACACCACGGAUUAAGUCAACAGUGUGCAUGAAUAUAGAGAAAGAUAAUGGCAUUGUAGAGGAAGAACCAAGAUGUUAUUUUGGUUUCGAUCCUACUACCAAGAAACAUAAAGCUCUUUUUGUGUGGGGUUAG